AUGUCUUUAAACUACUUAACUGUUGAGGCUUUUAAAGGAUUAUGGGAGAAAGAGCUUCUCCCUAGUAUAAAGAAAGAAAUAUGUUCUGAAUUGGCGGGUAUCAAACGGGAAUUGGAGAAAUUAUCGAGUAAAUGUGUUGAAAUCGAACAAUCUCAGAAUUUCUUGUCUGAUCAAUACGACUCCCUACUCCAAACCCUACAAUCAACAAAUGUGUCUAUUCAAAAUGCUGAGAAGGAUAUCAAACUCCUAUACGAGCAAACAUCAAGCAAUAAAGAAUUUAUAUCAAUUUACGAUGAACAAAUUGAUGAAAUUCAACAAUAUCUGAGAAGAGACUGCGUCGAAAUAACAGGUAUUCCAGUCACUUCUGUAGACGAUCCUAAGAUUUUAGCUAAGGAGCUGGGUGAUCUAAUGGAAGUUCAAGUUGAUGAAAGGGACAUAUCCACAGCUCAUAGAUUGCCUGCAAGUAAGAAAGUUAAAGAUCGUAUAAUAGUCAAGUUUGUAAACCGAGAUAAGAGAAAUCAAUUUUAUCAGAGGCGAAGUAGGUUAGCUGGCAAGUCCGUCAAAGAUUUACCUCAUAUUGCGAAUGAAAUUGGUAGCAGCCGAAGUAAUCAAACUGGGAAAAUUUAUAUAAACGAAUCCCUUACAGCUUAUCGCAAAAAAUUAUUUGGUCAAAUCAAUUCCUUUAGAAAGGCUCAAGAUUACAAAUUCCUAUGGACUAUGAAUGGUAAAAUUUUAUUAAGGAAAAAUGAGAAUUCAAGAGUUUAUGGGUUUACUAAAGAAAGCGAAUUUGAGUCAUUCAAAUCAACUUUAAAUUAA